UGCCCGAGCGAGAAGCGGCGCCUGGGGCCGGGUGGCACGGUUGGGGCGCCCGCCUUGGGGCCCCCGAGCGGCUGCUGGGUCGGGAGCCACGGUCACGGGGGGAAGGGGGUGGGUGGGCUGAGGGCAACUAGGCGGCGAGGACAGCCCGCCGCCCCUUCCCCCCAGCCCCGUCGACCUUGUGGGCAGAAACGUCCCCGGAGCCCGUUCCGCCGGCGCGAUGGCGGCUGCUACCGAGACGGAGGCCUCCCCGCCGACGGACGCCAGCUGGGAAAGUGGCGGCGGCGGGAACGACGAGCUGAAGCAGGCGCUUCCGGAGCUGGAAUCCUCCCCACAAGAUGGCGGCGGCGGCGGCCAGAGCAUCGCGGAGCCCGGCGGCGGCGCCGGGCCUCAGGAGACGGCAGCGUCCUCGGCCGCCCCGGGCCUCGGCCACGAGCAGCCUCAGGACUCCUGUGAGGCGGGCGCGGCCGCCCUGCCCAAAGGCCCCGAAGAGCCCGAAAGGCCCGUUAAGAGGAGUUUUCAGAUCCCCAGGAAGAGCAGAGAAAAGAAAGCACUUUUUCAGCCAUUAACUCCAGGCUCUCGAGAAUUUGAAGAUGUUUUAAAUAUUCUCCAUUCAUCUUACCUUGAACCAACCUCAGUAACAAAUUUUAACUACAAACGUGCUUGCUUGAUACAUAAUGAGCUUUUGGAAAAGGAGUUUACAGAAAAGCGAAGAGAACUGAAGUUUGAUGGUCGUUUAGAUAAAGAACUUUCAGAAUCUUACGCAUUUCUGAUGGUUGAUCGAUACCAGGUUCAAAGCAUAUGUGAAAAAGGAUUACAAGUGGGCCAGUCCAAAAUAACAAUUCUUGGCAGUCCUUCCAUGGGUAUCUAUCUAUCUCGGUAUGCUGAUUUAUUACAAGCUAAUCCUUUGGAAGCUGGGGCAGUGGGCGAUGUUGUUCUUUUUAAAAUAAUGAAGGGUAAAGUAAAGAGUAUAUACGACUCCAUGGGUGUAAAAAGUUUGGAAUCUGUAUUGAAUAAAAGUGCUCUGGACCCAACCCCAAAGCAUGAAUGUCAUGUGUCGAAGAAUGCCAGUAGAGUCACAUCACUUUUGGCCUAUCGAGCCUAUGAGCUCACUCAGUAUUAUUUUUAUGAGUAUGGCUUUGAUGAGCUGAGGCGAAGACCAAGACAUGUGUAUCCAUAUGCAGUUGUGUCUUUUACUUAUAACGAUGAUACACAAAUUCCAAAGUUUGCCCCUUCAUUGAGAUCUAACAGCUUCAAUUCAGAUAGAAACACAGAUAAAUUCAGCUACACCUUGUGGAAAGGACAGCUUUUAAAUAAAGGAAAGCUUUUGUGUUAUAUUUCUCUGAGGUCAGCCACUCGUGCUUUUUUGCCUAUCAAGCUUCCUGAGAAAUUAGAUGUUGAAACAGUUAUGAGUAUUGAUCAUCUGAAACAGAAAAUCCCUCCAGCACUCUUUUAUAAGGAAACAUACUUAGGUCCAAAUGAAGUUUUGAAGAAUGGAAUGUAUUGCAGCCUCUAUGAAGUUGUAGAGAAGACAAGAAUUGGAAGUAACAUGGAGAGUUUACUGCAAAAACUAGAGAAAGAAAAACUUGUUCUUGUUAAACCUUUGGGAGACCGAGGAUACCUUUUUCUUCUCUCUCCUUGUCAAAUGGUUUCUCCAUAUGAACAUCAAACUGCCAAGUCUCGGGUCCUACACGCCUUAUUUCUAUUUCAAGAGCCUAGAGGCAUAGUUUCUUCACAGAAAGGUUCAACUAGUGCAGCACCACAGGAGAGACAUGAGAGCAUGCCAGAUGUAUUAAAAAUAACUCAGUUUUUACAAUUUGCUUUGAUUCAGUGUCGAAAGGAAUUCAAAAGUAUAAAUACUGUAAAUUUCCAUUCUGGUGUUGAAAAGUAUAUAAGUGAAUUUUUUAAGCGAGGUUUUGGUUCAGGUAAACGAGAAUUCAUCAUGUUUCCAUAUGAUUCACGAUUAGAUGAUAAAAAAUUCUUAUACUCAGCUCCAAAAAAUAAAUCUCAUAUUGAUAACUGUUUGCAUACCUAUAUUUUUCGGCCUGAAAUGUAUCAGUUACCUAUUUGUAAAUUAAAAGAUGUAUUUGAAGAAAAUAGGAAACUUCAACAGUUGAGCCCACUUUCAGACAAUGAAGGCCAAGAAGAAGACAUGAAUGGUACAAAAAUGAAAUUUCGAAAACGAAAUAACUCAAGGGGUGAAAUUAUUAUACCUGCAAAGCAGAAGUCAUCUCACUCUUUGGAUUAUGAUAAGGACAGAGUUAAAGAAUUGAUUCACUUAAUUCAGUGUAGGAAAAAAAAUGUGGGUGGGGACUCAGACACGGAAGAUACGAGAAGCAAAACUAUCUUGAAGAGGAAGCUUGAGGAUCUACCUGAAAAUAGGAGAAAGCUCGCCAAGACCAGUAAUAUAUCUGCAAAUUGCCAUCUGUGUGAAGAGUCUCCGCAGCUUGUCGGCUCCCUUGGGCAUGAUGCCGACUGGAACCAGAGGCCGCAGGACACUCCUCCCUCGGGUCUGGCCAACGUCCACAGGCUGUUUCAUUGGCUGUCAGAAACACUAGCAAACGCACGCCAUUCUGAUGCCUCCCUGACAGACACAGUCAACAAAGCCUUGGGGUUGAGUGCUGAUGACGCCUAUGAAGAGCUGAGGCAGAAGCGCAAGGAUGCGCUGAACCCUGAUAAGAAAGAGUAUGAGCAGCCUGCUGGUGCAAAAACUGAAAAAGCACGUUUUAAGGGUACUCAGAGCUCGCUGGUAGAGGCUGAUCCAUCAUCUCUGAGGUAUCCCUUCGCUGUUUCUGGCAGCGAAGUAGGCCCUAAGCAUAAACUGCCUCUGAAAGAAGAUCCAAAUUUAAUUAGCAUGGAUGAUUUUGGAAAUUGCACAGUGUGUCCUGAUAUUCUCAUUCAACACGCAUUCUGUAGACAGUCUAAGUCAAAUAUUGUUGAAGAGGCUGAAAUACAUUGGAAACUGAUUCCAAUCACAGGAGGGAGUGCGAGGAGCCCAGGGGACGCGCCGGGGAGACAUGGCGAGAGACGGACGCCAGGUAUGAAAUCACCAGAGGCACAGCUGGUGUGCCUGCCACCGCAGGAGGCCUUGCCUAACGAUCCCCGGGUAAUAAGUAGACAGAGAAGUUCUGAUGACCAGUUUCCAUCCUCUCCAUUUACAGACACGCUAAGGGGCACCACUGAGGAGGACGCACAGACAGGGCAGGUGGUGCCAGCAGAGGAGCCGCCCGCAGCGUGCGAGACCACAGAGAGGACAGUGUUAGGAGAGUACAGUCUCUUUUCUAGGAAGAUAGAAGAGAUUUUGAAGCAAAAGAAUGUUUCCUAUGUCAGCCGAAUAUCCACUCCUGUCUUUUCAACACAAGAGAGGAUGAAACGGCUUUCUGAGUUCAUUUAUUCUAAGACUUCCAAAGCUGGUGUACAGGAGUUUGUGGAUGGUUUGCAUGAGAAACUAAAUACUGUUAUUAUCAAAGCAUCAGCCAAGGGUGGGGCUUUGCCACCAGUCAGUCCCAAUGACUCUGGUACUAAGAUAGCGUUGAAUCCUCCGGGAAGCCACGUCACACCAGUUCCCCCAAGUGACGUCAGCAGUCAACACCUUGAGUCACUUGGUAGUGAUACCUUGAAAGAUACCAACUCUAGCGAGCAGCAUUCCUCUUCAACGCUGGGUUUGACUGAAGUAGAGGAGAACGAGCCACCCCACGGCUCCGAGCUGGUGGUAACUUCAGGUCAUGCCGCACCUGGCGACGGUGCCCGGGAACCAGCAGAAAGAGAAGCUACAAAGUCACCCAGUGAUGCAAACAUUUCUGCCCAGCCAGCACUUUCAAAUUUCAUCAGCCAGUUAGAACCUGAAGUAUUUAACAGUUUGGUUAAAAUCAUGAAAGAUGUCCAGAAAAAUACUGUGAAAUUUUAUAUUCAUGAGGAAGAGGAGAGUGUGCUGUGUCAGGAGAUCAAGGAGUAUCUUAUCAAAUUAGGCAAUACAGAAUGUCAUCCAGAACAGUUUUUGGAAAGAAGAUCAAAAUUAGAUAAACUAUUGAUUAUUAUUCAAAAUGAAGACAUUGCAGGUUUCAUCCACAAGGUACCUGGCUUGGUGACUUUAAAGAAGCUCCCCUGCGUUAGUUUUGCUGGUGUUGACAGUCUGGAUGAUGUUAAAAAUCAUACAUACAAUGAAUUAUUUGUAUCUGGCGGCUUUAUUGUGUCUGAUGAAUCCAUUUUAAAUCCAGAAGUUACUACAAUCGAGAACCUUAAAAAUUUUUUGACAUUCCUUGAAGAACUUAGUACUCCGGAAGGAAAGUGGCAAUGGAAAGUGCACUGUAAAUUUCAGAAAAAACUAAAGGAGCUGGGCAGAUUGAACACCAAAGCCCUGAGUCUGCUGACUCUUCUGAGUGUCUAUCAGAAGAAACAUCUGGUUGAAAUGUUGUCGUACCACAAUUGUGAUUCACAAACUCGAAAUGCUCCAGAAUUGGAUUGCCUUAUCAGACUUCAGGCUCAGAACAUACAGCAACGACACAUAGUUUUCCUGACAGAAAAGAAUAUCAAGAUGCUUUCCAGUUAUACAGAUAAUGGGAUAGUGGUUGCAACUACUGAAGACUUUAUGCAAAACUUUAAAAAUCUUGUGGGCUAUCACAACUCAGUCACAGAAGAAAACCUUCCACUGCUUGGUGCUAAUGAGAAUCUUGAGUCGCAGUCAGCUCUUUUAGAAAACGAAAAGGAUGAAGAGGAUAUGUCUCUGGAUUCAGGGGAUGAAAUCUCACAAAUAGAAGUAUGCAGCAAUUUUCAUUCAGAAAUAUUGGCGAAAGAGACCAAAGGAUCAUGUGGAACAGAUCAAAAAAAGAAUAUUCAAAUUGAGUUGCAGUCGUCUCUUGACAUGCAAAAAAGUUUAUUAGAAGAGAAGACUUCUCAGAUUGAUUCUGAAGAGAAAGCUCCUAGAGUACGCUCUGAAGGGGAGAACAGCAGUUCGACUGAACAAGAUUCAUAUAGCAACUUCCAAGCUCAUCACAGGCAAUUAAAUAUGUCCCAUCAGUUUAGUCACUUUAAUGUUCUCACUCAUCAGACGUUUUUGGGGACACCGUAUGCCCUUUCACCAGGUCAGUCUCAAGAAAGUGAAAAUCACUUUUUAUCUGCUUAUACUCAAAGCAUGGAGAGAGAGAGAUCUCCAUCUCGAUCAAGUCGGGGCAAAAGUGGUUCUUCCAGGCCAUUUUCAAAAGACAAAUAAGUUAUGAACUUUUCUGUUUCUUACUAUUAAUAUUUCAUUCUCUAACAAAAGGUUUCUUGUCCUUUCUCUUCUUAUUUAAAUCAUGAUGGCCUGUAAGUUGAAGCAUCUGAAAACUGAAAUAAAUAUAUAUAUUUUUUAA